AUGGUCACAUAUACACAUUAUGCAGAGAAUAUCAUUCAUGAUUUUUAUUUUGGAACCGGCUCCUUCUUCCUCAACUUUGUUGUGGUGACGAAGCCAUAUCUCGGUGGUGUUACUUUCGAAUCUCUUGCCCCUUCUUAUGGCACUCGUCCCUCUUGGCGAGGAGAUAAAUCUCCCCUUACAUCAGUAAGCUUUUACCUCAAACAAAUAUUUCUCUCUCCUUCGAGAAGCUUCAGGCGAUCAAAAGGGAGAUCUAGGGUUUUAAUCCAUCGACUUCAAUCAAUCCAUUUUUCCAGUUUAAUCUGCAUCAAAUCUUCUCCAAAUCAUUCUGAUCUUCUUCUCUUUACAAGAACACUAUGGCAUCUCACAAAGAGCUUUGGAGAGAUAUGCAAGGUCUUCGACUUGGACCGGAAAGGGGAAAAGUGGUUUGUUCAUGAGGAGGCUCAAGAAGAGUUUGAUAAAGAGCAUCGGCUCUGUCUUGUUGCAAAAGCGGUGAAUCCUGCUCACCAAAACCCAGCUGGUAUUAAGGCUUAUUUGCCUGGUCAUUGGGGAUUGGCCGGACAGGUUGAUUGUCAAAUUCAAGAUGAUGGUUCGGUCAAUUUCUACUUCAAGAAGAAGCAUCAUAUGAUGACGGUACUAGAAAAAGCGCCUUAUACGUAUAGAGGAUGGAUGGUUGUGCUCGAUCGAUGGUCAAACAGAGGACAUCCUACUUUUUUUCAGCACACCCUUUUUGGGUAA